UAAAUUUAUCUCUCUUUGAGGCGAAGUGAAAGUAAAUGCGAAAGAGAAACGAAAGAGAAAAUGGAAAUAUCUUUCUUUUUUUUUCUCAAUUGUACUUCUCAUCAUCUCUCCCUCCCCUCCCCCGUCUCUCUCUCUCUCUCUUUCCUUAUCAUCCUCAUCCCUGAUCACAUCAUUUUGUGUAUUUUUCCUCAUCCUCAUCGCCAUCACUCAAUGAAUAUUGUUGAUGAGUGUUGUUGUUGAUGUUACUGUUGUUAUGGAUACAUUUUUAACAGUUACAACAUUUAAUCAUCAUUUUUAAACCAUGAUUAGUUUGAGCUCCAAUCGGAUUUUAAAUUGUUAACCAAUUAAACAUCAACAACACUUAGAAAUGUAGUUUAAUCAAUUUUUCAAAGGUUUGGAUUAUUUAACCAUCAACAAUUAGUAAUUGAAUGUAUAAUCUUAAUCAUCUUGACAAACAAAAUAAACAAUCUGAUUGUGUGUGUGUGUUGAUUAUUUUGAUUAAUAUUAAUUAAUCAAUUUCUGGUGCUUCAAUAAUCAAUAUUGUAAUGUCAGUGGGUUAAAUUUAACCGUUUUUUUCAAUCAACUUUAAACCCAAUUAAUUGUGAUUUAUGAUUAAUAGGCUGUGAUGUUUUGCUUCUGUCACAACAAUCAACUAAUUAAUUGUCACAAUUAAUGAUACAAAGGAUUAAAAAACACCGAUCGCCAUUAUGAUAAAUCCCUUUAUUACCAAUUGGAUAACCUUAAUUAUUGUUUACUUGACUUUUCCUACGAAAACAGGUUCAACAACAACCACAAACCAAGGUGAACCUGAACGAGUAACCGCCAAUGUCGGUGAAAAUGUGAUCUUAAAUUGUGCCUUCGAUUAUCCUGAAGGAAUACCAGUUUCAUAUGUAAUUCAAUGGCAAAAAUUAGGAAUUGAUCUUCCAAUUUAUAUCUGGUAUGAUGGUUAUCCGCCUCACACGGGAACUGGAUAUGAAGGACGAGCUUCCCUUUCCGGCCAAGCAUCGCUCAAUUUAACUAAAGUUAACGAGGAAGAUCAAGGUUGGUACGAAUGCAAAGUUUUCUUCCUCAAUCGACCUCCAACCUUACCCAAAAAUGGAUCUUGGGUUCAUCUUGAUGUUCAUGCUCCACCACAUUUCAAAGUGAAACCUCCUGAUGUGGUUUACGUGAAGGUGGGUGAGUUUUUAUCACUACCCUGUGAAGCUGCUGGUACACCCUCACCAACAGUAAUCUGGUAUAAGGAUAAUUCACCAUUAGAAUCAAGCUCAUUUAUUGAAAUUCUUACCGGUGAACUGAAGAUAUCAAGUUUAAAACAAAGUGACAUUGGUGACUAUUUAUGCAUGGCCAGAAAUCGUGAAGGGUCAGUUACGACAGCCGCCAAAGUAAUCGUUGCCGGACCCGCUGUGAUCACUUCGCCACCUCGAAAUUUAACUAAACUCGAAGGUGAUAAGGCUGAAUUUACCUGUGAAGCCAAAGCCUUACCAUCCAAUGUCACCUAUCAAUGGUUUCAUAAUAAUAUUGAUAAAAGUGAACUAUCAUGGUUGGACACUCGGACGAUAGUUAAACGAGAUGGAACCUUGUUAAUUAAUCCAACUUCAGCUGAAGAUUCAGGUCAAUAUACAUGUAAAGUAUUCAAUGGUAUUGGCUCACCUGAUACAGCAUUUGCCUGGUUAACAGUAGAGUAUCCUGCUCGUGUAACUUAUUCACCGACAAUUCAAUAUUUACCAUUGGGCCUUUCGGGUAUCGUUCGAUGUUUUGUCCAAGCCAAUCCUCCCUUUCAAUUUAUAACCUGGACCAAAGAUCGACGACCCUUUGAACCUAAUAACUUACCCGGUGUUGUCUCACUUAACAAUGGGUCACUCUUGUUUCAAAGAGUGACCAAUGAGCACCAGGGUAGAUAUCGUUGUACACCUUAUAAUAUUCAUGGAACAGCGGGAACAUCAAAUGUAAUGGAAGUUCUGGUUCGAGAACCUCCACUUUUCACCAUUAAACCCAAGGAUGCUUAUCAACAAUCAGUAAAUAGUGAAGUUAAAAUGCCUUGUGAGGGAGUUGGUCAACCCAAGCCAACGGUCAGUUGGAGAAAGGCUGAUGGUUCCAAGUUACCAAAGGAAAGAGCCUUCAUCAGGGGAGGUAACUUAACGCUCAAAUCAAUAAAGAAAGAGGAUCAUGGGAGAUAUGAAUGUGUCCUCGAAAAUGAAAUAGCCACUCUGGUCACUUCAUCUUUACUCAUGGUUGACAGUACCACUCCUCAUGCACCAACAAAUGUAUCCGUCAAUACAAGUGCCUUUGCAGCUACAGUUACCUGGCAGCCAUCAUAUGACGGUGGAUAUGAGCAAACUUACGUGAUAUGGUAUCGAAUGGUUGAUACCGGUGAUAGUAAUUGGAAAACUAUUCGUGUUUAUCCUGAAGGCUCAACAACUUUCACCCUGUAUUACCUUCAACCUGAUACUGAGUAUGAGUUUCAGGUUUACUCAAGGAACCUUUUAGGUGAAGGUUUACCUUCAUCUAUAGUUAAAGCGAGAACCAAAGUACUCGAUGUUUCCAAUGGUCAAUCAAUGCCCACCGACGGUUAUGGGUCAACUUAUAUUCCCUCUGUUCUAAAAUCUACAGAAUCAAGUGAUAUUCAAAACUCGUUGGCCUCAAAUAUUAAUAAUCAUGUUGCUAAUAAUGAUAAUAAGGAUAUAAUUAAAUCAUCAUCACCUGAAUCACCUUCAACUGAACCUCCAUCUACAGGUCCUAAACCAGGUCCACCUCGGAAUGUAACGGUCACUCGAGUUGCCCAAGGCUAUGCGAUCUCAUGGUUAUCCCCUGCUAAUCGUACAGUGCCAGUUGCUUAUUAUUAUAUUGAAUAUAAGGUUGGUUCAAGUGGAUCAGGAACAACGAACUGGAAAACAUGGGGACCUAUUGCAAAGGAAACUUCAUACUUAGUGAAAACAUUCAAAGCCGGUGAAAUUUAUACAAUCCGAGUCUAUGCCCACUCGAUACUUGGUGCUGGUCAACCAAGUGACGAGAUGCGAUUUGAAGUUCCAGGAGGUAAUUUUCGCCACUCAAAGGACAAGGCGAUCGCCGCUGGUGUCGUAGGUGGUAUAUUGUUUUUCAUUGCGGCCAUAGUGUUAUCCGUUUGUACCGUUAAGAUUUGUAAUGAAAGGAAAAGGCGAAAAGCAGAAAAAGCUUAUCUAAUGGUCACUUGUCCAAUUAUGAAUGUAGCCAAUGGUCAAAGCUCACAAGCCGGAAGUCCAAUGCCUCUUAAAUCAUAUGAGGAAAGCCGAGUAUCAAGUUUAGUUAAUUCAAGUUCCAUAAGUGCCAUAAUCCAUAAGAAUUUCGGUAAAUCAUCUCAGGAGAUUUCGCCAUUUUCUCAAUCUUUUACACCUCAGACAACCAAGACAACAGUUUCCAUCAAUGGAUUACCUUAUUAUUUUGGUCUCAAUCAACAUAAACCUAAGAUAAUAAAUUGUAUCAUAAUUGGAUGAACAAAUCACGAUAAUCAUGUAGAUUGAGAUGAGAAAAUUGGUAACAAGAUAUGAAAAAUUUUCUACAGCAAAAGAUUUAAAAUGUCAAAUGAUUAAGAUGUUGGAUGGAAGAUGAUGAGGAUAAUGAUCAACGUACCAGAGGAGAUGCUGUCCAAGUGAUAUUGUGGUCAACAAUAUAUUCCAGAGUCCAAGAUAUCAUAUCUAAUGUCCACCAUCAAACUUGAUGUCAAUAUCAAUCACCAUAAAUCUGGAAGACAAUAAUAUUGAGUUAACAUGGACACUCCGAGUUUAUCAUUCUUGUUAUUGGUUCAUUGACUAUCGUCCUCUUUUUUUCUGAUUUAUCAGUGAUCGCUGGCAUCGUCAUCAUCAUCAUCAUCAUCCAAUGUCAAAAUGAUAAUACAUAUUAAUGAUAAUACAUAUUAAUGAAAGUGUGAUCACAAUUUAGCAUCAACUGUGUAUAUGAAACUGUAAAAUGAAUUCCCAGUAACUUUGUUCAUAAUUAAAUCGAUAAAAAAAACAAAAUCAGUUCAAUUGGUUGACUGGAUUUUUCCUGAUUUUCCUUUUGCUAUUUAUCACAUUUGUCAUCUUCUCGAUCAUCAUUCCCUGUCUUCUUUUGUUAUCUUCUUGUCUUCCAUGAUUUUCUGCUCUUUUUGUUGGUUGUUUUUCAUCUCUCUCUCUCUCUCUUUUUUCCUGGUCAAUGGUCAAUCUCUCGCGUCACAACAUUAGAUCAACUCUUUCUCUUGUCCAGUUUCUUGUCUAUUGAUUGGUUUAUAAAUUGUUCCUUGAUAAUAUGGUCAACAAUUUGCUCUGAACAUUCAUUUUCCAAUGAGAUUAUAUUCAUAUCCAAGGAAACAUUAAGCGAAAUGUAUCCUUGCUUUUCUCAUUUUUUUUCUUCAAUUUUUUAAACCAUUUUCAUGAUAAUCGUUACAGUUGAAGAUGAACAUUUGGUAAAAAAAAGUUCAGAUACUAAUUUCAAGUGAAAAGACAAAUUUACCUGAAUUGUUAAUGAAUCUGAGUUUGAAUUGCAUUUGCAUGAGAGUUUAAGUUUCCCUGAUAAUCUACUGAAAAUAAUAAUAAUCAAAAGAACCAAAUUCAUGAAGAUGAUUGUUGAUAAAUAAACUUCAUAAACGAUGAUUUACCUGAGAAAAGAUGAUGAAAUUGAUGAUAAGGAAGAUAAUAUAAUAAUAUUAUGGUGAAGAUAAUGAUGUUUGAAAGAGUGUUAAGCCGAUGAUGAUGAUGAUGAUGGCGAUUGUUUGGCAAAUGAUAGAGAAAAAGAAUGAAAGAAUUACUUAUCAUGUUCGAUAUUUUCUUGUUAUUCUAUUGGAAUGGAAGAUGGAUUGAUAUUGAAUUGAUGAAUUCCAUCAUCCAAAUCAAUCCAAUGUCAUCAUCAUGAUCUAUUCUGAUUAUAGUCAAAUACAUGAUAGAAAUUAGGGAUUGGGAAGUUGUUGUAUUUUCUGCUUUUUUUUUCUUAUUGAUUGAAUAUCUUCUUGCCUAAUGGAUAAUUUUCCUCUAUCACCAUGAUCAUCAUCUUCAUCCUAAUAGUGCACCUCAAAUUAUAUCCCAUGUAAUGUUAUCGUAACCGUAAUGAUAAAGUUGAUUCCUAAAUCCUUUUGUUAAUCCACAAUCACUAAUCUCAUUUUUGUU